ACAAACCCACUGUAAGAAAAAAAAUAAAAAUAGAACUUCUCAAAAAUGAAAAAACAACAAACCAUAGUGGUGUUUUUCCUGUUGGCCCUAAUAUCAACAUUGAGUUUCCGACCAUCGGAAGCGCGAAAUACGAACCUAUGUUUCACAACAGCGAUAGAUAACGUGCCAGGAUGUAUCUAUGCGGUGAGAUUAUUGGCAGAUGGAGAUUCACGAUGGAUAUCUAGAGAAUGUUGCGACGCAGUGAGAACACUUCCUAAUACUUGCUACUUUGAAGUCGUGCCUGGCAAAGCUUACCCUACUAAUAUUUUCAAAUUCGUUUGUAUUUACAAAUAUCCUGGAUUAUUACGCCAUUAGUUUUAUCAUUUUAUCUAUCUUGCAAAC